UUUAUCAUCCAUCACUUCAGAUAAACGGCGUCAAGAAUGAACAAUCUCUCUCUACUAAUGCCAUCAAGCUCCAAGAUGAUACAGUUCCUCUUCUUGUUUUGUCUUACCCUGGCUGCUGAACCUCCUUCAGACAAGCAGGAACUGAAGUUGGUGCGUGGUGGCUGUCCAUUGUCCUGGUUUAGUUUUGGGGGUCGCUGCUACAAGUACUUUGGCUCAAGGAAGACAUGGGGUGAAGCAGAGCUCCUAUGUGUGUCAAAGGGAGGCAACCUGGUGUCCAUCCACAGUCAAGAGGAAUACGAUUUUGUCAAUUUGCUGAUCAACAGAUUUGAUCCUACUCAGAGAUACACCUGGAUUGGACUCACUGAUUUUCAUCGAGAGGGAGGUUGGAUAUGGUCUGAUGGGUCCAAAUACAGAUUCUCCAUUUGGAGUAAAGGACAACCUGACAACUGCCUUGGAAAUGAACACUGUGUACACACCAACUUUGGCAACCAGUAUUACUGGAAUGAUCACAUUUGCUCAGGAAGAUUUGCUUUUGUCUGUGCAUCUCGUACAGUUUGCCCUUAGUCACUACAAGCAUAAAAACUAGAAAAGCAAUAUUAAAUGCUUUAUAUUUGUUAAUUAGUUUUUUCUGUUUAAACUGAACCUGUUUUUAUCAGUAAAAGCUGAGAUAAAGCCAACAAUAUGGCAAUGCGACUG